GCUGAGCGCUAUAGUUGGACCCCAAAAUGCGCACGUGCUCCCAGUGGAGGACGGGCAGCUAGAGCGGGCUUCUAUGAGGUUCUUCCGGAAGAAGAUGAGCCUCCUCUACACGGCCACCUACCGGUACAAGCGGGCACUGCAAACCAUGGCGGCGGGAGUGUUUCUCAUCUACAUGACGCUGGUACUGUACCAGAAUGUCUACGGGUACGAUGGUGGCGACAGUGCCGGAGAUGCGGACCGUGUCGCCUUAGGUGACAAUUUACAGGAUCUUCAACCUUUCGGUGCAAUGAUGCUUGGCGAUGGUGGUGGUGUUGGUAUUGGUGGUGGUAUUCCCACACCCUCAGCAGGCGUACCGGGCGAUCUCAACGACGCGAGUGCAGUGAUAAGCAAGCGCGAUAAUUCGCCACCGUUCGUGCGUGAAAAUAGUGAUAAUGAGCUAGUGCGUGCCGAUGCGAAUAAGCUAGUGACCGGGCCGGGUGAAGAUCCGCGUCGGCGAUCGCUCGAUGGGCACCGGAUACCACCACCGCCGGCCGUCACCGGCACACCCAAACCACCCACCACCGAGCUGGACGAUCUGUUGAUCAGUGUGAAAACGACCAAAAGCUACCACGACACCCGGCUCGAGAUGAUCAUCAAGACGUGGUACCAGCUGGCCAAGGAACAGACGUGGUUUUUCACGGACACCAACGAUCCUCACUACCAGAAAUUGACCAACAACCACAUGGUCAACACGAACUGCUCCCAGGGCCACUUUCGGAAAGCGCUCUGCUGCAAGAUGGGCAAGGAGUUUGAGUUUUUCCUCGACAGUGCGAAAAAAUGGUGGUGUCACUUUGAUGACGAUAACUACGUGAACGUGCCACGGUUGGUUCGAAUGCUAGACGACUACAAUCCGACGCAGGACUGGUACCUGGGCAAGCCGAGUAUAUCGUCACCGCUCGAGAUCUUUCUUGAUAAUACCAAAACAUCGACGGAAGUGAACAAGAAGGUGACGUUCUGGUUCGCAACCGGUGGGGCCGGGUUCUGCGUAAGCCGCGCACUAGCGCUCAAGAUGAUGCCGAUCGCCGCCAGCGGGAAGUUCGUUGCGAUCGGUGACAAGAUUCGAUUUCCGGACGACGUUACGAUGGGCUUCCUAGUCGAACACAUCCUAAAAGUUCCACUCACCGUGAUCGACGCGUUCCACUCCCAUCUCGAACCGAUGGAGUUUAUCCGGCCGGAAACGUUUCACGAUCAGGUGUCGUUUAGCUACGCCCGCAUGCGCAACGAGUGGAACGUGGUCAAGGUGGACGGUGGGUUCGAUCUGAAGACGGACCCGAAACGGAUAUACUCGCUGCACUGCUAUCUCUAUCCGUUCUUCAGCAUCUGUCCGAAGUCGAUACGACGGCGAUGA